AUGGCUAUCGCCGAAGGACCAACUGCCUCUUGUCUAUGUCUCUUCCUUUGGUCUAUGCCUUGGGACCCCCGGUCCAACGAGUCUGAUUUGCGCAAGGCAUUGGACAAUGCUGCGGCUGAGCUGACACCGUUUUCAAAACACGAAGUCAAGGUUCCCUACAAGAAGGAGGAACAAGUCUUCGAGGUACAUGCGCGUCCCUUAUGGGACUGGGCUCUCGAUUUGUUGGAUAACCCACUGUUAGCACCACAUUUUGUUUGGGACGCGCAGUGCGUCUACAAACAUGAUGGUACGGACUUUGUACGCUUCUUUGAUGAGCCGUGGACAGGUGACUGGUGGUGGGACAUCCAAUCUCGCCUCCCACAAAACCUUGAUGCCGCCCCCUUCUGUUUCAUACUGUAUGCUGACAAGACUAGGCUCUCUUCGCAUGGCACUGUCAAAGGGUACCCGGUUGUGGCGCGUUGCGCAAAUCUACCUGUCCACAUUCGAAAUGGCGAGGGGAUUGGUGGCGGUCGGGUGGUCGGGUGGUUACCAAUCGUUCCCGAAGAUGCUUCUGAAGAAGGGAAACUCGGAUACACUACCAUGAAGUGUGUUGUAUGGCAUGAGUCAUUUGUCAAGCUUCUUGUCAACCUUGACCAAUUCUCGAAGACCAGGUAUUCAUAUUCGUGCUACGACAAGAUCUUACGCUGGUUGUUUCCCGUCAUACUGAUUCUUUCUGGAGAUUACGAGGAACAAUGCAUGAUGUCGCUUAUACGUGGUUUACAAUGCAAAUGCCCAUGUCCAGUCUGUCUCGUCCCUCUUGACGAGCUUCACAACCUGUCGAAGACGUUUCCAAUUAGGUCUGCGAAAGAUGCGCAGGCCGCACUCAACGUUUACAAACAGAACCGAACUCAAGGUGAGGAAGUUUUGAAAGGGCUGGGAUUGCGCCCUGUUGCAAAUGUUUUGUGGCUUGUCGAGAAUUCCGAUCCUCAUGAGGCAUUGAGCCUGGACGACUUGCACACUCUGCACGGUGGUACAGGAGGGGUACAUUUACUUGGAGAGUUGAAGAUGAUUCUCGCUGAUCUUGGACCCCUUGCUCCCAGGGUCUCUGAGUUCCCUCGAUGGCGUGCUCUCACCCAUUUCACUACCGUCAUCCAUAUCACCUUUAGUGAUGGCAACAAGAGGCGGGACUUGGUCAAGCAAGUGUUUUAUGCGGCACUCAGUGUUUUAAAGCGCCAAGUCAGUUCAGAAGGCUACUGCCUUCUUCAUGUCAUUCGCAGUUACCUGCAAUUGGAUAGUUUGAUCAGGCUCGAUGUCCAUACAGAACGGACACUUGAAAUGAUAGACGCUGAAUUCCUCGUCUAUGAUGCUGCACUCAAGGACUAUGUUGAAUAUGCCACGACGAAAUCCUCCACUGAGGACAUCAAGACGGACUGGAACCUUCCCAAGACACACCUUUGGAAACAUGCACGAUGGGACAUUGAAUCAAAAGGUGUGGCACGUAACUAUAGCACACGCCCAAAUGAGAAGCUCCAUGGCCCGCUGAAAGCGGCCUAUCUUAAUCAAUCCAAUGGAAAGGACGUUGCUAAGCAGAUCCUUCACGUUGAUCAUCACAAAUGUGCAGCUCUGCUUUUGCGAGGACGUGUUGAUACCCUCGACGAACAGCACCGCCUGCAAGCCUUAGGCGGUGACAACGAUGCACUCGGUGAUGAGGACCAUGUCGAUCACACCAAUCAUAAUGGACAUUUCAAGCUCGGCUCCCCUCAAAGUUGUGCCGUUACCAUUCAGGACAUCGAGAACAGGCGCGGUGCUCAGGACACAGCGUUUCAAGGCUUUCACAGGAAGUUUUCUAAUUUUGUCAACAUAUCAUUGCCUAUGUAUGGAUUCCACUUGACGAGAUGGAUUACUAUUCCGGUUGAUUUCCAGAUUCAUGAAUACCGCUACCUCAGGCUCAAUUAUGAGAGUACCGUCAACUGGAAACAGUCAACAGACCACCCCCGGUCCAAUCCCUCUUUCCAUGGGUCUCCGCGCUUUGAUUGUGCACUCAUAAAGCUUACUGCGGAAAAAAAUGUCUUUGUUAAGAUCAUACUAAUGUUUCAAUGUAAUGUUCCAGAUGUUGCCGGCACCUUCCAACUUGCACUCGUUCAACCAUACACUGCUGGCAUUCCUGUUGGUGGCGCUCACAGAAUUGACAAAGAUUUAAGGCUCAAUCGAGUCAAAGCUGUUCCUCGAGGAGAUUCGAUAUUCGUACCUUUGAAGUCCUUUAUCCGAGGAGCGGUUUUGGCCCGUGAUCCAGAGCACCGAGACGAGUUUUUGGUUGUUGAGCAUAUUGAUAGUGACAUGUUCCUGCGCAUGAAGGCAUGGGCAUGCCAAUGA